AUGAUACAAAUCUUGGUCACGUUUGUACCCUCCUUGUUCUGGAUUCUUUAUAGAUGUUACCAAACCUUACGAACUCCAGUGGAAGAGAUCAUUCAAGAUUUAAGUAUUGAAAUUCCUCAUCGUCCAAAUAUUUGUAUUGAUUCUGUGACUGAAACUAGUGUUAUCAUUCAUUGGGAUAUCGAAAGAAGUAACGAUGAUAACUUGUACUAUGUUAUUGUCAUAAAUGGUAAAGAAGUAGCAACGGUUCAAUCAACAUCAUGUAAAUUGAAUAAUUUCGAACCUCAUCAAGUUUAUCAAAUAGAAGUCAUCGUUAUUAAUAGUGUCACCCAUUUCCAAUCACAAUCUGAAUCAGUAUUCAUUGAAACUUUUGAUAAACAAGAUCCUAAGUUUAGAUUUGUUAAAGAUUUGGAUGAUAUUCAACCAGAUGCAUUCGAUUCAAAUUCAUCCACCGUGAAAAAUAAAAGUAAACUGAAAACUAAGUUAAAUGAAGAUUCAGAACAAUUUGAAACCAAUGCUAUGGUUGAUGAUUUAACUGUCGAAAAGAUUCAAACUAUCACUAAUCCAGAAACUGUUCUUGCCUACUUGACAAUAUUACAAAAUGAAGUCGUUAAAACUAAUCUAGAACAUAAACAUCAACAAGCAUUAUUUAUUAAGGAAUUCGAUACUUUACAAGAAGAAUAUCAACUAUAUAAACGUGAAUAUGAUGAAGAAACUGAUAAUAAAACUAAAAAAGAUCUGGAUGUUAGAUCAUUAGAAAGAUCUAAAGAUAAAUUAACUUUUCAAAAGUCAAAGUUAAUCAAUCAACUAAAUUCUUUAAAUGGUUCCUUGGAUUUAUUACAAAAGAGAUUAGAUGAUUAUCAAGAUAAAAUUCAUAGAUUACAAGAUCGAAACAAUCAUAGUUUAAGUAAUGAAGCUAAUGAAAUUGCUAAUAUCAAUAAAGAAAUCUCAACUAAUUUAGCAACCAUAGAAACAAUUAAAUUUGAAAAUGAUUCAAUCGAUGAACAAAUCAAAAUUUUACAAACUGAAAAAAGAGAAUUAACUAACUUAAUCAAUCAUAUUAAACCAUUAAUUGAAAUUAUUAAUUCUCCUUUACCUGAAGAUCCGGUCGUUCCAUUAUCUACAACAAUGCAAGCAUCAGCAUCAACCAAUAAUAUUUCGCAUGUUAAUCCAAUUAUAGCAAAUACUGUCUCCAACACUAGCAAUUCAAAUCCGACAUCAUCAUCACCUUCACCAGCUCCAGCAUCAACCAUAUCUAACAACUCUGUAUUUAAUAAAGAUGGAAGUAUUAAUAAGAUUGUCCUUGAAACUUUACAGAAAUUAUUUGUCAUUGUACCAGAAUGGGAAAAUGAAAUCAUAAAAGAAGUUACUAGUUAUCAAGAAUUAGAAGUUGGUUGGAAAGAAUCAUUUCAAUUAGCGAUUAAAAAGUAUGUAUCCAUGCAUCAAUCCUUACAAAUUGCUAGACAGAAUAAAGAUAAGACUUAUCAACCAAUUAAAAUCACUGAAUAUCAAGCAUCAGUUGAUUUUGGAGGUUAUUCCAAUGCCUUAUUCAAAUCAAAGUUUGGUACUGGAAAACGAAGCUUUACACCUCCUUCAUCAUCAUUUGAUGAUAAUAGUGGCAAUAACAGUCAUAAUAAUAGUAUGAUUCAAAUUCAACAACCAUCUCAACAAUUACAAGGACAAAUCCCUCUUGUUGAUACCAGCAAUCUUAUUAAUGGUAAUGAUAAUGGUGGAAAUAGUGCUUAUAACUCCCUUAAUCCUAAUACCAAUACUUUGAAUAAUUUUUAUAAUCAUUAUAGUCAAGUUUAUACUCCUGAAAUUGAAGGCAAUAACAUCAAUCCAAUGGAUCAAAUCCAAGGUUUAGAUCAAUAUGGUAAUGUUUUAGAUCCAUAUCAACAACAACAGCAGCCAUUCCAAGUAUUAGAACCAGCAAUUUCACUGCCUCAACUUUUAUUAGACAAUCAAUUAGGCAUGGAUCCAUAUACACCAUUUGAUACUAUUGUUAAUAAUUCUACUAAUAAUUAUCAAUCACCAGCCUUGGCUCAGGCACCUCUUAUUCAAGUUGAUAAUAGUAAUCAAUUGUAUAAUCAAGGUAAUAUCGGUGGUUAUGAUAAUUCAUCAUUGGUUUCACUUUUACAACAACAAUCCACUUCUCAAUUGAGUACUAAUAAUACUCAACCACCACCACAACCUCAACAAUCAUUAGGAUUCCCAUAUGAUGAUCUGAUUUAUACUACUAGUAUUCAAUCACCGUUGGUUGAAACUACUCCUACUUAUGGUUAUAAUCCAACUACAAGUAGUGCAGGUAGUAAUGUCUUAUAUAAUUAUAAUUCACCAAUAUUAAAUCGUCAAACUUUAACUGGUACUCCGAUUAAUACUGGUGGUAGUACUAAUAGUACUAAUAAUAGUUUAUGGAGUUCUACUACAACUAAUAAUAAUUUACAAAUAUUUGGUAAUAAUCCAACUACCAAUGAUGAGUUUAUGUUUAAUAAUAGUAAUGGUAAUGGUGGAGCAGGAGCAUCCAAUGUUGUUGGUAAUAGUGCUGGAGGUAAUGAUUUGAAUGGAGGAGGUGCAGGUGCAUCUGCUGGUGGAGCAUUUUUUAUGACCCCAACAUCAUCUCAUACUCGUAAUGUUUCAAAUAAUAGUCAAAUUUGGAAAAUUGAUAAUAAUAAUACAUUAUCAAAUCAUAAUUUUAAUUUAGGUGGUGUUUUUGGAUCAUCAAAUUUGAAUUUACAUAUUCCUUCUAAUUUAACUACAUCGUCCGGUAGUACUGUCAAUAAUCAAGCUCAACAACAACAACAACAACAAACACAACAACAAUUGGCAAAUACUCCACCAGUUGCAAAUGCUAGUUUAAAUCCUAAUAGUGUUGGUAGUAGUAAUUUAUAUGGAAAUCAUACUCCUACUACUACACAUUCUAAUGUAACUUAUAACUUUGGUCAGCAAUUAUAG